GCCAAAUAUCCGACUCGCCCCCAGCCGCCGCCCCCGGAAUCAGAGCACACCGAUAUUGUCCUAAAUCACCAAGCUCUGCAUCGUUUCCUCGAGAGACGAUUUGACGACAAUUCUCAGUCUUGUCCAGCCUGUUCGGUCUGAAAUUCGAUGGACAUAUCUGCAGCGGCCUCUGCUGGAGGGCAGUACGCCCUCCUGGGCCUCACUUGUGUGCUCCACCUCUUCUUCCUCCAAGUCUUUCUGCAGUCGCUCGGAUGGCCACCGCGUUGUGAUUUCACCAACUUCUUCUUCUGUAUCCUCGUUGUUGUGGCAAGUGGAUCUCGUGGCUCAUUCACUCUUCCAGCAUAUGUUCUCAUGGCCAUGAGCAGGAAUAACGGUACAAUAAUCAGUCGAACAUCGUAUUUGCUAACGAAUAGCGCGCUUGUUGAAUGCGUGCAGAUAACACCGGCCGUGCACAUCAUCACCAUCGUUUGGGUGUCGUCUCAGAUAACCAUCAUAGACGGUGAAGCCGACUCGGCCACGACUGAGGCCUACCGGAUAAUGACGAAGCUCUCCAACUCUCUCAUUGGCCUGUAUGGACUGCUGUCGGUACACUUUUCACAUCGAUCUAUCCUUCUGAUGAAGCCAAUGAUCACAUACCCCGCAGCUUUGGACUAUGUUGCGUAUUGCUUGAACAUUGGACUCUAUGUGACGUUCAUGGCAUUCGUGCUUGAUGAUGACCUCGCUGUCUGGCGAACAGUGGCUCAAACCAUCGGCGCUGCAACUAUUCUUGUGUCCUGGCUCGUCAGCUGCUGGAUUGUGCUGAGAACCAUACACCAGCUCGCGAGUGAACACCCGGUACCCAGCAAUCCUCCGAAAAAGUCAAGCAUUUCGAAAGAACUGGCAGUCAAAACACUAGCGCGGGCCAAUACUGCCCUUCAGCUCCGGCAGACAAGAAUUGCCUUCUAUUCGCUCACGGCCAUUUGCGGCUUUACCCUGGUCAUGAUCGGAGCGGCUGCAACUACCAAGUUCUUGCCGAAUCUGUCCAUGAUUUUCCUUCGCACUGGCAACCUCUUCCUGACCUCGUAUGCAAUCAUUGCGUGGUUCAUGCUGUAUCGCAUCAUUCCGAUGAUGGUCAAACAGAUCCUCCCCCAGUUUUCAGGAGAAGAGCAUCUCACUCCCGAACCAGAGGAUCACAAGAAGGCAAUCAUCCAGACCGUGAACUACUCAGUCUGAUAUUCACAGAAGUCCACCGAUCGGAUUGUCGAUAGAUGCAUCCACAGUAUUGCUGCGCUGACAGCCCACCUCAUAGGUAAUAUUUCGCCAAGUGCUUCGAAGAGCCGCCGAUGGGCGAACCUCGAUCUGUUGAAACCGCGAGACAGGUCGCCCAGUCCAAGCUCCGCGAGAUGCUACUCUGGAUCCCGAAUACACAUUCAUCUCGAGUGUCAAUGGGAACUUCUAUCCGUCGACUCUGG